UGUUGCCUUUUUUUGUAGAUGGCACAUAGAUUCCUCGAGCCUGGAAGGUACGCAACCGUUUGUUGCUGCUGCACUGCCAGAGCCGAUUUGAAUGAAGAGGGUCGGCCAGGAGACAGCACCACAAGCGAGCUUGUACACUGUCGCUCGACAGCAGCAAGUGUGCUGAAAGCAACCUCAGGUGAACAUUCCAUGGCUGGCUGCGAAACACCGCGCGGCGAACCCGUCUCUACCACGCCGACAGAGUAGGCGAAAACGACAACUCCUGCCGGAAUCCGGCGGCUCUUGGGCCCCGGAGACGAUAGCGUUCCCUGUAGCUUUCCACACGUAGCAGACAUGACGCUGCAUCGUCCUGAGCUGUUCUUCUUUUUUCUAUGCGACAACCAUGGUCACAGUCGAGAGACGGGAAUGGGCAAAAUGCACUGCGCUAGCUCCAGCCGUUGCUGGGCCGCUCAGAGCCCGAGCCGGACUCCACCGAAUUCGGUGCUGGCAAAAGCUCAGCUCUUCGCCGGAUGGCGGAACAGAUGGAGGAGAGGCGAAACGGCGAGCUAUUCGAUUCUGGACUUCUCCUCGGAACUGUCGACCGCGGAGAAGCUCGUUGCCAAACUCCCGAUUUCUGGCGGACACAGCUCAUCUUUGGGUUAGUUGCUGACAGCAGAGUGCGGAGAGGAUGACUGGCGACAUGUCAGCGUGGAUUGUCGGCGUUGUGACAUUGCUGUGCGCUUCCGCCAUUGGAGCGAGCAGCUCGGAGAAUGUUUCGGCUGUGGCGCAGCUGAACGCAGCGAUGGGCAUGCCGGAGUCGGCAACAGUGUCAUUAACGUUAACAGCGAUGAAAAUCUCCCAAGCAACAUCAUUGUCGUCCAAACCCAGCCAUGCGUCGACUAGAGCUGUGGCUGCCAUAACAAAAGUUCCAUUUCAUUUCGUUCAUCCGAAGUCCAAGCAGAGAAUCGCAAUGUCGCCCGUUGCAAUCAAGAGAUUCCUGGACAGCGUUAACCGCCGCUAUCUACAGCUGAAGCCGCGAGGUGUCACACUGCACACUCUUCUCAGCCAGAUGUCUAAAACUUCAAGACCGGUGUACAGGAGGUUGAUUGCUUUCAUUCUCUACUAUGCAUCGAAGAAGAGUGAGUUCACCGCCUACAGUACCUGGUCUCCGUGUACUCGCCGGUGUGGUAGUGGAUUCAAGCUCCGUGUUCGUAUCUGCUUGAAACACUACUUUCCAUCUCUCCUCGGUGUCAGCAAGGGCAAGUGUCCUGGCAAGUGUGUGCAAUACAAGAGAUGUCAGAGACCUCCGUGUAGCUUAGGCCGUCAGUGGUCCAAGUGGGGUGCCUGGUCGGCUUGCGCCAGGUCCUGCGGCCGGGCGUAUCGCACACGCAAGAGAACGUGCCCGCAAGGCCAGGGGUACUACGCGAAGUGCGUGGGGUCGUUCCGUCAGGUCGUGUUCUGCCGUCAGCCUCCGUGCAGUCGACCAGGAAGCACCUGGUCUGCUUGGACGGCAUGGGGCAGCUGCUCGGCCACAUGCACAGUGCAGGGUGCUGGCAGCAGCUCAUCCCCCACUCAGGUACGACAGCGAACGUGCCAGCCGCCCACUACGACGUCCGCCUACUAUCGCCAGCGCGUGGGCAUGCCCCCAUCCCAGUGCAAGGGAAGUCAGAAUGAGACGCGCAGCUGCAGCGAGAUCAAGCCUUGUCCAGUUGAUGGUAGCUGGGGAGAGUGGUCACCGUACACUCCGUGCAGCGUCACGUGUGGCCCCCACGGCAGGGCCACGCGGGAGAGGUCCUGCGACAGCCCGGCGCCCCGGUACGGCGGAGCGGCUUGCAGCGGUGCGGACAAGGAGCAGAGGGCGUGCAGCGCCAGCACUGCCUGCGCAGUUGAUGGUGCCUGGUCAUCAUGGUCGUCUUGGUCAAGUUGCAGUGCAACAUGUGGUACUGGUGGCCAAGAAACAAGAACAAGAACUUGUUCCAAUCCAGCAGCCAGUGAUGGAGGAAAGGAGUGUGAAGGAGAUGAUGAACAACAACAAGACUGUCAACAAACACCACCAGCUUGUGCAGUUGACGGUGUUUGGUCAUCAUGGUCCUCUUGGUCAAGUUGCAGUGCAACAUGUGGUACUGGUGGUCAGGAAACAAGAACAAGAACUUGCUCCGAUCCAGCAGCCAGUGAUGGAGGAAAGGAGUGUGAAGGAGAUGAUGAACAACAACAAGACUGUCAACAAACACCACCAGCUUGUCCAGUUGAUGGAGUCUGGUCAACGUGGUCGUCUUGGUCAAGUUGUAGUGCAACAUGUGGUACUGGUGGUCAAGAAACAAGAACAAGAACUUGCUCCAAUCCAGCAGCCAGUAAUGGAGGAAAGGAGUGUGAAGGAGAUGAUGAACAACAACAAGACUGUCAACAAACACCACCAGCCUGUCCAGUUGAUGGUGUUUGGUCAUCAUGGUCCUCCUGGUCAAGUUGCAGUGCAACGUGUGGUACUGGUGGUCAAGAAACAAGAACAAGAACUUGUUCCAAUCCAGCAGCCAGUAAUGGAGGAAAGGAGUGUGAAGGAGAUGAUGAACAACAACAAGACUGUCAACAAACACCACCAGCUUGUCCAGUUGAUGGAGUCUGGUCAACGUGGUCCUCUUGGUCAAGUUGCAGUGCAACAUGUGGUACUGAUGGUCAAGAAACAAGAACCAGAACUUGCUCCAAUCCAGCAGCCAGUGAUGGAGGAAAGGAGUGUGAAGGAGAUGACGAACAACAACAGGACUGUCAACAAACACCACCAGCCUGUGCAGUUGACGGAGUCUGGUCAUCAUGGUCGUCUUGGUCAAGUUGCAGUGCAACUUGUGGAACUGAUGGUCAAGAAACAAGAACAAGAACUUGCUCCAAUCCAGCAGCCAGUGAUGGAGGAAAGGAGUGUGAAGGAGAUGACGAACAACAACAAGACUGUCAACAAACACCACCAGCCUGUGCAGUCGACGGUGCGUGGUCAUCAUGGUCGUCUUGGUCAAGUUGCAGUGCAACAUGUGGUACUGGUGGUCAAGAAACAAGAACAAGAACUUGCUCCAAUCCAGCAGCCAGUAAUGGAGGAAAGGAGUGUGAAGGAGAUGAUGAACAACAACAGGACUGUCAACAAACACCACCAGCCUGUGCAGUUGACGGAGUCUGGUCAUCAUGGUCGUCUUGGUCAAGUUGUAGUGCAACUUGUGGAACUGAUGGUCAAGAAACAAGAACAAGAACUUGUUCCAAUCCAGCAGCCAGUGAUGGAGGAAAGGAGUGUGAAGGAGAUGACGAACAACAACAAGACUGUCAACAAACACCUCCAGCAUGUGCCAUGAAUGGGAUGUGGGGAAGUUGGACGCUGUGGAGCGGUUGUUCUGAAGCGUGCGGUCAGGGUAUUCGCAAUCGUAUUCGUUACUGCUCCAACCCUCCGCCGUCGGAUGACGGGGAAUACUGUGAUGGAGAAUUCCAUGAAGAAGAGCCGUGCGAAAUGCGGCCAUGCCCUGUGGACGGCAUGUGGGCAUCGUGGCAGCAGUGGUCGGCGUGCUCCUCGACGUGCGGCGACGGAUAUCGCGACAGAUACCGUGCCUGUGCCAACCCCGUACCGGCCGAUGGCGGCAAGAUCUGCAAGGGAAAGUCGGAGGAGACGAUGAAGUGCAAUCAGAAGAACUGCCUGAUUGACGGUGCGUGGACAACCUGGUCCUCUUGGAGCGAGUGCAGCAAGACGUGCGGUGGCGGACGGGAGACGCGCCAUCGCUUCUGCACGAACCCCACGCCAAAGUUUGGCGGCAAGGCGUGCCAGGGCGGCGGCGAGGGAAGCCGCGUGUGCGCAGACUUCACCUGCGCCAGUGGCCCUGUGCCGGACUUCGGCACGUGAGCAACGGAGCAGUUCCCCGGUGGCUUUGAGUCUCCGAGAGCGUAUGCGCCUUGUACCGGACUUUGGCCAGUGAGCAACAGAGCAGUUCCAUGUGUGGCUUUUAGUCUCCGAGAGCAUCUGCGUGCAAGCUGUUUCAUCUAGACAUCUUGCAAGGCAUGCGCACGAUGAAUCUUACUUUUCACACUCCAUUUGUACUUGCAGAUCACAAGUACCUGAGUAUGUAUAUAUAGCCUGCUGCUUAUGCUCUUAGUACAGCUUAUGCUCUGUUGAGAAAAAUGGCGGCGGACAAUACUCUGCCUUUUCCACCCCCUCUCUUUCCCGCCGCCUGCACUGCAGGAUGAUUGUGUGAGUGGAUACGUGUGCACGUCGUACGACACAAUCUUUAGAAUGGUACUUCGGUAUGCUUAUGGCCAAGACAAUUAAAUUAGUGAUGGCUUCAAUUUAGUGCACUAUAGCUCGUGAUAAGAAUACUACGGCUUGUGGCAAGUCACUAGAGUACCUACCAAAACACUGAUGUCAGCGCUGCAUUUGCUGGAUAAAAAAUUUCAGAUGUCCAAUGCGUACCUGCAAAAACUACCUAUAAUUAUAGCUAUAUGAGCACUGCAUUUGCUGGAUAUUAUUUUGCAGAUGUCCAAUAUAUAUGGCAUGCUUAUUAAUUUUUUUGUUUCCGGUUAUAAUUUUAUAACUUCUGGUGCCGAUAGGUGCAGCAUCCAUUGACAAAAUAAUCGGUUGUAUGA